UCCAUAACGCGAGGCGAUCCAGUGGCGGAGAAGGGAAUCUGAACGGCGGGAGAGACAGGUGAAUUUAAAACUGGACGUGAGCGCUUCAGUAUCAGGGGGAGAUACACACAUUACAGAGAAUCAUUGAAGAUGAACACAGAGGAAAAACAAGAGCUCAAGUCAUCACAAGAUGAAAUGAUGGACGUUAGCAGCGCCGUGACAGAUGAGAGGCCACAGACAGAGGAGGAGGAGAGAGGAGAAGGGGCAGGGGAGAGACAGGGAGAGGAAGAGGAGGCCCCAGGGAAGACCUCAGAGAGUGGAAUGGAGUGCUCAGAACCCACAGGAAACGAGGGAAUGACAGAUGGGGUUCCUGUGAAAACUGAGAACGAAGAGUAUGACGACAAUGACGAUCAGUACCCCAAGAGUGAAGAAGAAGGUGAACGAGACAAUUACCUUUAUGAAGAAGAGGAAGAGGAGGAGAAGGAAAGGGAUGAGGAAGACGAAGGAGAAGGGGAGGAAGAGGGAGAAACCCUUAACGAACCACAGGACCUGUCUCUGGCAGAUUAUGUAAAGUAUGAGAGCACAGGCCCGCAGGACGCCCACACCGACUCCUCGCCGUACGCAGCAGAACCCCGCAGCAAGCUCAACUGUGACAUCUGUGGCCUGUCCUGCGUCAGCAUCAAUGUGCUGCUCGUACACAAGCGAAGCCACACCGGUGAACGUCCGUUCCACUGCAGCCAGUGUGGCGCCUCCUUCACCCAGAAGGGAAACCUGCUUCGCCACAUCAAACUGCACUCCGGGGAGAAGCCCUUCAAGUGCCCGAUGUGCAACUACGCCUGCCGCAGGCGAGACGCCCUCAGCGGACACCUGCGCACACACUCAAUAGAGAAGCCCUACAAGUGCAACCACUGCGGUCGCAGUUACAAGCAGCGCAGCUCCCUUGAAGAGCACAGAGAGAGGUGCCAUGUGUAUAUCCAGAACAAAGGCAACGCUGAGAGAGCCGGUGAGGACACCCACGUGUCCAGGACUACUCACAUGGGCACGGAGCGCGCUCUGCUACUGGACAGAUUGGCGAGCAACGUGGCCAAACGCAAGAGCUCUAUGCCACAGAAGUUCACUGGGGACAACGGCGUGUGUCUGGACCUGAGCUUCAACAGGGAGCUGAUCCACCGCUCUGAUGUCAUGGACCCUCCGCUCACCUCCCCAGGAUCCGAGAACCACCACAGCCACCAGCCCCUCUACACAGGCCAGGACCCUGACUCUGCCUCCCCCCACAGAGCCUACCCCAUCCCCCUGAGCCGCGCUGACAUGAGCCCCCUGGCCCUCACCAAUGGUCACAAGCUUGAGCAGCAGCAGAGCACUGGUCUCGCCUACCUGCCCCGGCCCAGCCAGGGCCAACCUAGCAUGGACACACUCCACGCCGAUCGGGCCCAGCUCUCCCAGCCUCUCAUCUACAGCCUGGGGCACCUGCUGGGGCCCAGUCCCCACAACAGCCUCCCACGCCCCCAUAGCCAGGCUCACGCGCUCCCCAUGCCACCCAUAGAGGCUCUGAGGGUGGUAAGGAGCGAGGGGGAGGUAGGGGUUGGGGUAGGUACAGGAGCGGGGGCGGUGUACCCCUGCGGUCACUGCAGGGUGUGGUUUCUGGACUACGUCAUGUUCACCAUCCACAUGGGCUGCCACGGCUUCCGUGACCCACUGGAGUGCAAUGUAUGUGGCCACCGCAGCCGGGACCGCUAUGAGUUCUCCUCACACAUUGCGCGCGGCGAGCACCGCCUGGAGUUGAAGUAGUAUAGACACAUUUGCAGGUGAACACACACAUACACCCAUACAUGUAGUCAGACUCCUAAACGGAAUAAUGCAUACACAUUUAUACACUUACACACAUGAAUUGUGUACAAACAUUACAUACACACAAAAAUGAUCUCAGGGACUUUCCUUUUUGUUUUUAAUUAGCACCAGUAUUACCACACACACACACACACACACACACACACACACACACACACAAGGAAAUGUAGCAUUUCAGUAAUGUAGCAUUUAAAAUGUUUUGUAGAGGAUAAUCAUGCUUGACUCAAGUGCCAACAUUUAUUUAUGACAAAUAACAGUGUCAAAAGUAAAAGAGAUCAGGAUUAUCUGAAAGAUAAUCAUUUGAUCAAUAGUUAUUUUUCUAUCUAUGUUUUAUGUGGGACUACAUUUUAUUCUACUUCACUAAGCUGCGGAAUAACUUUUCUACAGAAAUAUAUAUGUGUUCUUCAUCUUAUUUUUUGGUGACUAUUCAACAGAAGUGUCAACAUAAAGGGGGUAAUCGGCAGUCAAUAUUUGGCAUUACCUUUGCCGUGCCUGCUGCUUUUAGGUUGGGAUAUACUACAGUGUGUCCAAAUAUACUCUGUAUGUACAGCAGUAGCAGUAGGACAUAGUACUGAGUACAUUUUACGUUCACUGCAAGCUGACUGACAGACUCUGUUGUACAUUUAGUUUUCCUUUGUAAACUACUGAGGUUCAAAAAUAAAAACUAGUUCAUUCAA